AUGGCGAACUCGAAACAAGUGGCAGAAUUGCCACGCUUCCUCCUCCCUCGCUUGACUUGGACCACGACUUCGUUUGCGCAGGUUGCGCCGCAGACCGUUCACAUUUUCCCUGCGAUCGAACGGAAACCCACCGUAACAUCAUUUCAGACGGCCUCCAAGCCUAGAACGGUACAUACCAGCGCUGUCAAGAGCUCGGCUGCGUCGAGCGCUUCUUAUGCCCCCCGUUCUACGAGAAGACCUCGCUCCUAUGCCCAGCCGCUGCCGGCAAACUCGGCUCCAAUUCGACAUAAUGGCGUCUACGUUGCCACUUAUAAAUCCGCACGGAAAGCCUUCUCGACGACUGCUGUGCAAAGGAAAGAACACCACUUUGACACAUUGAAGUUUGUGCAAAGGCUAAAGGGAGAGGGGUUCAGCGAGGAGCAGGCAGUGGCUAUGAUGCGCGUGCUCAACGACGUGAUAGAAGAGUCCAUUCAGAAUCUCACCCGGACCAUGGUUUUGAAAGAAGAUGCCGAGAGAACGACCUACACCCAGAAAGUGGACUUUGCCAAACUGAGAAGCGAGCUGUCCAACGCUGACAGCACCGAAGCACAACUCACCCGGUCGAGCCACGACCGGUUGUCUAGUGACCUGGCUAAACUGAACGCUCGUUUGCGUGACGAGAUCGGUCGCACGCAGGCCAGCGUCCGCUUAGACCUGAAUCUCGAGAAGGGGAGGAUACGAGAAGAAGCGAACGGCCAAGAAAUGCGGAUCAAGGAAACCGAAGCCAGAAUUGAGCAGGAGGUCGCCGGACUUCGGGAACGCGUCGAGGCAGUCAAGUUCUCGACCCUGCAGUGGCUCAUGGGUGUCUGUACUGGUACCGCAGCUCUGAUCCUCGGUGCCUGGCGUCUGUUGAUGUGA